AUGUACUACGGCGGACACGACCAAAGUUACGGCGGCAAUCAAGGCUACGCCGGUGGCCUUGGUGGCAACAUGCAAGACUACAAUUACCCACAGCAGCAGAUGAUGCCGCGCCAAGAGCCUGGCGGCUACCACCAGUAUGGGCAACAGGGUGCGUACGCCCAACCAGGAAUGAUGAACGGUGUGGCCGGCGAUGGUCAUGGGGGUUGCUCAUAUGACAAUGGCUACGCCCAGCCGGAUGGGAAUGACGGUCGCAUGACGGUGCUGAAGUCAUCUAAGAGCUUCACGGGCCCACCGCCUGGCAUGGAUUGCAUGCAGAGCAGCGCGGCGCGCAGCCGCCCCAUUGCCUCGCACAGCAGCAAGGGCGGUGGCACGGGCCUAGCCCGGAACGGUAGCGUCUUCGUCGGCGGCCGAGAGCGUGACACCCAGGUAUCCAUCAGCACCCGCGGUGGCAUGAGCGUGCACGCCAUUGGCGGGACGGAAGACGAGGAGUUGAAGCAGUACUAUGGCGAUAUGGCGCGUCGUAAUGAUGAGCGGCGCAUGGACGGGGUGAAAGCUAUACGGAGCUACCGUGGCGACAUUGAGGACGGAGAGGAUGUCGGCAAGCCGCGCCGCGUGACGAACCGACGUAACGUGGACGGCCGCUCGGCAACUGGCUAUGGCGGUAUCAACUUCAAGCGCAAAGCAGCCAUGCGCAACGGCGAGCAGUGGGGCGAUGUCGAGGUCCGCAGCAGCACCAAGGGCGGGGGUGGCAGCUCGCUCAACAUGGACCAGUCCUAUGGGCAGCAGCCGAUGUACGGGUCAGGGAUGCACACAGCCCCCGUUGUGUUCGAGGAGUCACCAGUGAUGCCGCAGAUAUAUAAUAAGGAGGAUGUCCACUCGUAUAGCAACAUGAGUGACGCGUUUUCGGAGGAUGACCAGGAUGCACAGGGGGAUGUAGAGUACUAA